CGUGUGACGCCGCGGCCGCGGCGGAGCUGGGGAUUAAUGGGAAAAGUUUUGGCAGGAGCGGGAGGAUUGUGCGGAGCCUGCGGGACGGCGGCGGUGGCGCGGGAGGCGGCCAGGACAGGUUCCUUGCCUUUUCUUGGGGAAGAAGUGUUAGCUCCACACUCUACUCUGCUUUCACUUGACCUCCACUUAAGAUACCCAUAAGGGUUGAGCGGUGCCGUGGGCAUGCACGUGGUACUCACACAGAGGCUUCUGCUCACUGACAGAUGAAGACGGACGCACCCUAGAGGCUAACAGGAGCUGCCCUGUAGAGGUCCAUCUGCACUCAGACCCAGAUGAUGCCAGAGCUAUGACCAGGCCUGCAGGUGUGGCACCGAGGGGAGAUCAGCCAUGGAGCAGCCACAGGAGGAGACCCCUGAGGUCCGGGAAGAGGAGGAGAAAGCGGAAGUGGCAGAGGCUGAAGGAGCCCCAGAGCUCAAUGGAGGACCAGAGCUUGCACUUCCUUCCAGCAGCUACACGGACCUCUCCCAGAGUUCCUCCCCACCCUCGCUUCUGGACCAGCUCCAGAUGGGCUGUGACGGGGCCUCGGGCGGCAGCCUCAACAUGGAGUGCCGAGUGUGCGGGGACAAGGCCUCAGGCUUCCACUAUGGUGUUCAUGCGUGCGAGGGGUGCAAGGGCUUCUUCCGAAGGACAAUUCGCAUGAAGCUGGAAUAUGAGAAGUGUGAUCGGAGCUGCAAGAUCCAGAAGAAGAACCGCAACAAGUGUCAGUACUGCCGCUUCCAGAAAUGCCUGGCACUGGGCAUGUCACAUAAUGCCAUCCGCUUCGGCCGGAUGCCAGAGGCGGAGAAGAGGAAGCUGGUGGCGGGGCUGACAGCCAGCGAGGGGCACCUGCACAACCCACAGCUGGCUGACCUGAAGGCCUUCUCCAAGCACAUCUACAACGCCUACCUGAAAAACUUCAACAUGACCAAAAAGAAGGCCCGCAGCAUCCUCACUGGCAAGUCCAGCCACACUGCGCCCUUUGUGAUCCACGACAUCGAGACAUUGUGGCAGGCAGAGAAGGGCCUGGUGUGGAAGCAGCUGGUGAACGGCCUGCCGCCCUACAAAGAGAUCAGCGUGCACGUGUUCUACCGCUGCCAGUGCACCACAGUGGAGACCGUGCGGGAGCUCACCGAGUUUGCCAAGAGCAUCCCCAACUUCAGCAAUCUCUUCCUCAAUGACCAGGUGACCCUUCUCAAGUAUGGCGUGCAUGAGGCCAUCUUUGCCAUGCUGGCCUCCAUUGUCAACAAAGAUGGGCUGCUGGUGGCCAAUGGCAGUGGCUUUGUCACUCAUGAGUUCCUGCGCAGCCUCCGCAAGCCCUUCAGUGACAUCAUUGAACCCAAGUUCGAGUUUGCUGUCAAGUUUAACGCCCUGGAACUUGACGACAGCGACCUGGCUCUGUUCAUCGCAGCCAUUAUCCUGUGUGGAGACCGGCCAGGCCUCAUGAACGUGCCCCAGGUGGAGGCCAUCCAGGACACCAUCCUGCGUGCCCUCGAGUUCCACUUGCAGGCCAACCACCCCGACACCCAGUACCUCUUCCCCAAGCUGCUGCAGAAGAUGGCUGACCUGCGGCAGCUGGUUACCGAGCACGCCCAGAUGAUGCAGUGGCUCAAGAAGACUGAGACUGAGACCUUGCUGCACCCCCUACUCCAGGAGAUCUAUAAGGACAUGUACUGAAGCCAGUGUCCAGGCCACCUGCAGGUUGCAGAGGGGUCCAGCCACUGGAAAGCACUCAGCACAGCUCAGAGCAUCAGGGUCACACUCUCGCGCUCCCACGCCCAUGGUCCUGGUUCCAUGGUCCCUUUCCUCCACUUCUUUGCUCCCCGACUCUGUCUGCCUUUGUUGUCCCCCUGUCUUGGUUCCUGUCUUACCAGUGCCUCUGGCUCUUCCGCUGCCUUCCCCUCUGCAGCUGUGUCCCCUCCUCCUCCCUCCUCUCGUCUCUCCGUGCAGCCCCACGUCUGUCUGCUCUUUCGUCUGUGAGAACUUUGUACUAUUUCACCAGCAGCCUAAGACAGAACUUCUGCUUUUGCCCCUCCUUUCCCAGGGGAAGGAGUGGGCGUCCUCUGUCCCACACUGCGCUGCAGGCACAGGGGGCCCACUUCUGUCUCCUUUCUUCAAGCAAAAGACUUGAGCCAUCCAAAGAAACACUAUGCCCUCUGGGCCUGGCUUCCUGGGGAAGCUUGGCCUGGAAUGCCUGCAGCAAUAACCUGCAGUCACUGGGUCCCUGCUGUAGGGUACAGUGGCCGGGGGGCUGGGCCAAGAGCCAGAGGCCUCCCCCAAGUGAUCUCCCCUGCCCAAGAAUGAAGCUGGCUGACCCUAUAACAGCAGUCCAGCCCUCUGACACCCAGCGUCCUUCCAUUCUUCAUACCAGUCUUCUAAACAACGUCACUGAUGAUCCCCUGCGCUGGCCGCUGCGGGGCACCCCCCAGCCUGGAGGGAAAGCAGUGUUCCCUCCAGGUGGAAGCCCCACACCCCCGUUGAAGAGGAGAAAGGUGGGGGUGGUUGGGUUAUAGCACACUUCAUUCUGACCCCAGAGAUCAGGGUCUGCGUCCUGGGGUCAGAGGCCAGGGGGUAUGGGGCGGGCCUUCCAUCAGCACCGCACUGCCCCUACCCUGUAGCAGCCACAAUGGUCAGAACCCAGUGCCACCGCACCUUUCUCUAGCCAGGAGCCCCUGGCACCGGCCCCUCCCUGACACACUCCCUGGAGCUGAUGCUCCAGCACACACCACAGCACUGAAAUCACUUUACCACAGGUCUUGGCCCACCCUCCCUCCUUCCCCAAGAGGUGUGCCUGCAGGGGCUGUUCCCAGGGCUGGCAGACCUCUGGGUGGGCAGGACUGUCCUGCCGAGCCAGCCAGGACCUGCUCCUGGGAUCCUGUGCUUCCCCCCGUUCAUUCAGCCCUGCCUUCUGCCACCCUCCCUGCCCUGCUCUCAGCCCACUGGUCACCUGGAGUUCUCCCUGUGCCUCCUCAAAUAACUGGGACCUGUGGGUCUGGCCCCUGCCCCCAGCUCCUGAGUGGAGGUGUGCCCACCCAGGCCUGAGUGAGGAGGGACCAGCUAGGGUCUCAGAAGGUGGUAGGAGAGCCAGGGUUACAGCCUGGACUUCCUGGACCCUAUCUGGUCCCAAGGGGCCUUUCCAUCCGAGUGCAGCUCUGGGAGGUGAUGGCUUGAGAGAGGACAAGCCCAGCAUCUGCCCCUACCAGCUUGGUGGCCUUCUGUGUCCCAGGAUCACUCUGCUAGCAAGACCCUUUCUUCUCCCCUCCCCCUCAGCUGACCAGAUUUUGGAGCUUGGGGUGCGGCCUUUGGGGCCGAGGCUGAAGGGAGCUCUUUGCCUGUCCCUGUCCCCACCCAGGUCUGGUGCUGAGGUGUCGCUCUUCUCAGUGGCUGAGCAGUCUCCAAUACUGAAAUGUAUAUUUUUGCUAGGAGCCCCAGCUUCCUGUGUUUUUAAUAUAAAUAGUGUACACAGACUGACAGAACUUUAAAUAAAUGGGAAUUAAGUAUUUAAGAGUUGACUUGAA